GCCCUUACUGCUUUUUACAAUUAUUAUUUGUGCAAAUUCUUAAAAUCCGUGUUGCGGGAGGAGGGGAAAAAGCAGAGCAUGGAUUUCUGUCGCUUAUUUCCCCGCAGAUAGAGGGAGUUGAGCACUUGCGUGCACCGGCUUUCGCGCGCGUGCGCUGUGCUCGCAGAUCCGCGCACCUGUAUAGACAAUGCCGACCGGCCGCGAAAGGCCGCCAAAAAUAAAACAAAAAACCUGAGAUAUUUGCUUGUAAAGAGCCUUUUUAAUAACCCCAUAGCGCAUCCCACCUCCUCUCGGCCAUCCUGUUCCAAAAUUCAAAUCUGCAGAUGUCUUUUUCAAAUUUUGUAUCCUUGCUCAGCGUUGAACACCCUACCCCUGCCGUCCUACUACUGCCCAGGGCAUGCAACGCGUCGCAAGAACACAUCUGCAACUAAUCAUCGUCCCUUAUGCCUUCCCUCGUAUCGCUUCGCCUUUUGCCUACUACUCCAUGCUUGGCCGCCUAAACGCCUCACUGCGCCUACCUUCAUUUUUCAACUCUCCACGUAUCUUUCACAUUUCGAACCCGACGUGCAUCCUAUAAUCUGUAACCGAAAGCUAUUCCGAACGUGAAACCAUUCCGGAAAAAUGUCCUUGCUUUAUGCUAUGAACCUAUGAACCUAAAUAUCAAAACCAAUUACCAUGGAUGGAUUCAUCUCAUUAAACAUCCCCUAACAAGGGUUGGGGACGAGUUACAUCGCCCCCCACUAUUGAAAUUAUCACCAUCAUCAUCAUCACGAUCAUCAUCACCAUCAUGAAAAACGUACGUGCUGUACGGACCAGUUGUACCAUUAUCAUCUGCCCUCUGUGUCUCCCGCCCCAGUCGGAGGAUAUUGCAGCUCCGGAUAUUUUCAGCCCUCCGCGCCCUCGCAAGGGGAUAUGAAAUGAAGGGGAUUUAUAGAUUUGGCCCCAUCUCACCCUUUCGGAAAACACGCCAGAGAGCUCAGGGGUCUGUAUGUAUGUAUGUGUGUCCAGGUGGGGUAGGGGGUAAGAAAGGAGACCAUUUGCAAUCCCCCGUACGGUCGACCCAUGCGCAUGUAUGGGUGCGUUUGUUGGUUUGUAGUGUCGACCUUCAAAAUGAAUCUUGGUCCUUAGCCCACUCCCCUGUGCCAGUUAGUAACGGGAGCCGACCAACCCCGAAUUCAAAAAACCACAAGGCGCUUGCGAUGACAGCAGCCUCCCGCUCUCGUGGCGCGACCUGUAUGGGCGUAUGUAUGUAUGUAUGUACGUACGUACAGGCAUAGAUACAAGUAUGCGUACAAACCGUACAAUCCUUCUCCAUCGCUGUCCCUGGGAAGCGGAGCCUCACGCUCUCUGGGGCGUCUUUCCCCUAAAAUUGAAAACCGACAAAAUCCGCCUUAACGACCAUCUCGACACCAUACACCCACAAAUGCAACCAAAACUAAAAACUGAAAACCGCGACAACCACCCGGAUGCAGCACACACGCACCAUCCGGCCAUCCAUAACGUUGGAAGUAAAAAGAUACGGAAGAAAAGCGAUGCACGAUACAAACACUACUGCUGCGGUACAUAUAUCGCCUUGAAGUGCCUUCCGCAGUGCUGUACAGCAGAGAGGUGCGAGGGUUUUCGCCGUACCACCGGCAUAAAGCAAAUGAAGCGCGUGUUACGUAGCACUCAGCGCUUGCUGUGA